CAGCACUAGUAUUAUUAUUACUUAGUAUUAUUCAAGUUUAUUUAGUAUUGUUAUUUGCUAUUCUAUUGUUUUUUUAUAUAUAUCUACUGUACAACUGGAAGUGUCUUAGAGACUUUUUGGUCAAAAAUGUAUGAGUUUAUUUAUUUUUAUUUUUAUUUUUUACUGUAAAUAUAAUUUUACAGCAAUGAAAGAUAAACACUCAAUACUUCUUUACAAAUAAGUACCUUAAAUUUUGUACUUCAUUUAUUUAAUGUUUUAUACAAGAACGUUUUAGUUACAUUGUUGCGUGAAAAUGAGCAGUAAUUAGUUGUUUUCCGUGAUUGUGUGAUUGUAGUUGAGUGUGUCAUUAGGUGUAAGCAGCUGAAGCGUCACUUCUACAGCUGUUCUCUCAGUCCAAGUGUGUAUGUCCUGCCCGCCUGUCAGACGGCCGCCCUUCUCCACGUUCUGUCAUGGCACAGGCAUUAACAGAGACCUGAAAAAAACCCAUUAUAGACAUAAAGAGAGUGUGUCAGCACACAGAAUAACUACAGCGUGAAAACUUUCACUAUCACAGAAAAAGGAUGUCUGGUGCGAACAGUGACCUUCUACAUAGAUCAACUUUGAGUGUUUAUAAUAACCUCAUGGAUCAGUUUAAUCCUGGCUUGCAAAAGCUGGUUACUUUAGGAAACAGCUACAUCAAGGCUUUUCAAGCUUUGGCUCUGACAAGCGAGGCCUACUUCAGUGCUCUUGCUAAGAUGGGCGAGCAAGCUCUCAACACAUUAUCAUCCAGAUCUCUUGGUGACGUGUUGAUUCAGAUAUCAGAGACCCAGCGGAAGCUGACGGCUGAAGUGGAGGGUGUGUUCUGCUGGUUCCAUGUGGAGGUUCUGCAGGCCAUGGACAAGAAUGUGAAGCUAGAUGAGGAAUACAUCGAAGGCAGCCGUAGAGUGUAUGAAUUAGAGGUGAGAAAUCAGGCUGCAGCACUGGAGCGACAGCUGAGACGUGGUGCAUUCAGAGACUCACUGGAGGGCAGUGAGUACAUGCAGUACCUGAGGCAGAGCCAGCAUGAAAUUCUCAAAGAGGAAGAAAGGAGAUAUCGUUUCCUUGCUGAAAAACAUUGUGGACUUACACAGUCACUACUAUACCUUAUCAACAAGACAGGAGUAUCUCUCCAGCAGAGAGCAGAUGGUUGGAAAGAAAAAGUCAGUGAGAGCAGAAGUUCCAGACCUCGAACGCCCACUCCAUCAGAUCAAGAAGCUCAGUUAAAGAGCUCUGUGGGCUCUCUGCUGCAGACUGGAGACCGAGAAAUGGACCGUGAGCCGUUGGGCAGAGUGCCCUCUAGAGCCCCAUCUCCUCUCCCAAGUCGUUCUCGCUCCAGCUCUGUGGGUGAGUCUUUGGGUCUAGGUGGCGGCCGCACAAUGAGGGCCAUUGUGUCGCAUCCUGCUUCAUCCAAUCCUGUCCUGCUGCCAUUUUCCCGUGGUGACAUCUUGACUGUGCUCAUACCAGAACCACGCAACGGUUGGCUGUAUGGACGACAUGACUCAAGCCUCCGUCAAGGCUGGUUUCCUGCUGCCUAUGUGGCAUCCACUGAAGACUUUUUACCUUUGGGCUCAAGUAGCACCUCGCACCGAAGCCACAGUAUGAACAACCUCCUGGAGCCAACCAGCCAAUCAGAAUAUUCAGAUACCCAGGGCUACAGUGAAAUCCCGUCCCAAGUGGUAUCUGUGCGUCGCGCAUCGGCUGAUCUUCGCACAAUCUCUCCCCUCCCUGAAAAGAAGGCGGAGUUUAACAACGAGGUCAAGACCAGCCAAAAAACCUACCAUGAGAUUCCACCCCCAGCCGCACCGCUCCGCCGUGGAUCAGCUGAUAUUCGUACGAUAUCUCCCCUCCCGGCCAGGAGGGCAGAGUCUCAUUUUGAGAGCAAAGUAGAGCACAAAAAUUAUAAUGAACUCCCACCUCCAGCUCCGGCCCUACCAAGCUCUCCUUUGCCUGAGCGAAAGACCGAAUCUAACGCUGAGAGGCCAACUACUCAUGGACAACCACCAGAGCACCCGCUUUUUCCCAGAGGAUCAAAUCCUUUUGCCACCGUGAAGCUCCGUCCAACAGUUACCAACGACAGAUCAGCACCACGAAUCCACUGACAGUAACUACCGCAAAAAUAAACAUCACCUACACUCUGACUGCUUCAGAGUCUACUAAAUGUCAAACUCAAUUUGUCAACUUUAAUAUUAGAAUGAAAACUUGAUUUAAAUGCAGCUUUUAAACUAAAGAAGUGUUUAAUUUGAAUGGCUUUGUCCAGCUGUAUGGUGUCACUCCCUCAGUGCAUUAUUUACAUUUUCUUUCAGCUGAAUUUAGUGACCUAAAUCAUUUGAAGAGGUUAUAUCAUGAGAAAUGAAAUUAAACAUACUAUAAAAACAUCCUCCCAAAAGGCCAAAAGUUACAGAACAGCUUUCUGAUAUCAGGUUGGUGAGAACCCAUGAGUUUCUACAUUUACACAUCAACACUUAAAAAAAGGAGAGGGUUAAAGUAGUCAUAAAAACAAAACUGACUUGUGUUGUUUUAUUGUGUUAAGUCUUAUUACUAUAUUUGUUUCUAUAUAUUUGUGUCUGAAUGUUGUGUAUUUGAUAGAUAUAAUAUGUAUAUGUUUUUGUGAGCAUUUUUUAAUAGGUUUAGCACAAAUUUUACAAAAGGUUUUUGUGUUCAAGUGUUUAAGCAAAAUUAUUUAUUUAUUACAAAGGAACAAGUCAUGUAUAUUUAUUGUGUGUGAUUGUGAUUGACAAGGUGAGCAUUAUUAUUUGUUUCUUUUGGUUGGUUUUUUUGUUUUUAGGGCUGUCAAUUUCAUGCCUUAAUUUCCUCUGACUAAUUGAAAAGAAAAAUAUAAACAAAAAAUGCAAUUAAUCAUAACGUUUCACUUGUGCAUAAAUUCCCUGAAGCCACUGGUGCACUCAUUUGUGAUUUAUUGAAUUAAUUAUUUG